AUGGGAAUAUGUUCAGCGAAAAGUCAAAAUAAGCAAGAACUAAAAGAACAGCAUGAGAUCCUACCUCAAUAAUCUCCUUAACUUGAUCCUACCUCAGAUGCCUAAAGAAAUUAAAAAUCUGAAACCAACAUACCAAUUAAUAAGUUAGGUGCACAAACAUCCAAACAAAAUCUAAAAGGUAAAAUGGCUCCAAGUCCAUCUACUAAACCUGUUAAACGAAUGGUCUGGGCAGAUUAGAUAAUUGAAAACUCUGGUCAACGUGGUACUCUCAAAACUUGGAUUUCUAUAAAGAAUGCUCAUUUCUCUAAAUACUAUUCAGUUUUGAACAAAGAACAAUCUAAAUGUCAAAUUAAAUUAAAGGAAUAAUUAGCACUCGUACAACACAAUCUUAGCGGUAAGAUUAGAGUAGCUGAAUUCAUUCAAAAAACCUUAGAAGGUGAUUAACUUGUAGAAUCUAUAUUCAAAACUUAAUUAGUAAAUAUUAUCAAUCACUAAUUAUUAGAACCAUCCUAAUUUAAUUAAAUUAGAUGAAAUCUUUCAAGAUGCUUCCAAUUAUUAAAUUAUUCAUGAUUUUUGUAAUGGAGGUUCUUUACAAUAAUAUCUCUCUAAUACAGUUUAUACAUAGUAAUAGGCAGCACUAAUAUUGAAAUAAAUUAUUGAAAUAAUUUCGUAUAUUCAUAAAUUAGAACUGAAUCAUAAUGGAUUAUCAUUAACAUCUUUUCAAAAGUAUAAUUAAUCUAAUUCAAAUUACAUUAAAUUAGUGGAUUAUAAACCAAUUUAUGUAAAAAAAAUGAUUUCAGCAAAAGAUAAUUUAAUGUAUUUAGCUCCAGAAGCCAUUAUGUAACCAGAUAUAUAUACUCAAGAAAGAGAUAUAUGGAGUAUUGGUAUUAUGCUAUACAGAAUGCUAUCUGGCCAAUUUCCAUUUAAAGGAUCGAAUAAAGAUGAACUACUUUAAUCUAUUUAAAAAUAUUAAACAUUUGAUGAAUUUGAUACAGAAUCUAUACCUAGAACUAGUGUAGAUUUCAUUAAAAAAUUAUUGAGAUUUGAUCCAAAAAAGAGAAUCAAACUCAAUUUGGCUUUAAAUGAUUAAUGGGUGAAGCAUAAUAUUGAAAAAUCUUAGGUUGAAUAAGAUCAAAUUGUUAAAUAACUUGAUCAGAAUCAUCCUCUUUCAUUUUUAUAAUGUUGUUUCUUAUAAUUUAUGAUAACUACUUUUUAAUCUGAUUAAGAAUAAUCUUUGUAUUAAAUCUUUGGUUAGUUUGAUAUUAAUCAUGAUGGUAAAAUAAAUAGAUAAGAAUUGACUUAAGCCUACUUAAAACAUUGUUCUAAUCUUUAAGAGGUUAAAGAACAUGUAGAUUCUGUUUUUAAAGGAGUAGAUAUUAAUAGAAAUGGUGAAAUUGAUUUUUAGGAAUUUUUAAUAGGAGUUAUAGAUCGAAAUAUUUUGAUAACUAUCGAUAAUCUAAAAGAGGCAUUUCGCAUAUUAUCAGAUGUAGAAGGUCAUAUUUCCCUUGCAAAGAUGUGUUAAUUGUAUCACAAUAAAAAAUAGCAAUUAAAAUAGUAAUUUUCCGUAUAUGAAAACAAUCAAGUAAUUUUGUAAACAUAUUUAUAGAUUAAUUUUAAAUAAUUUUAGGAAUUAAUGUUUGAUGCUCUAUGA